AUGGAGGAAAAUGGUUGUUAUCCUAAUGAUCGUACCUAUAAUACAAUUAUCAGAGGAUAUGUUGUCAACAAUGACUUAUCAAAUGCAUUCUACUACUCUGACCUUAUGGUUAGCAAGGGAUAUGAAGCUGAUACUUUGUCGUUAUUUAUUGGCCUCUUGUCUUCUGAUAAUUUAAGUGACUCGGCAAAGGACCAGCUAAUGAAGUUUAUCAGAGAGCUAGAGUUAUCUGGUAUUCGACCCGAUAUGCAUUCUAUUGGUAUUCUUGCCAAUUGUUACUGCCAUUUGGGCCGUGUCAAUUUCGGUUUCUCUCUUCUUGGCAAAAGACUUAAGCUUGGAUACCCCUUUGAUCGUGAUUGUGUUAUCUUUACUACCUUGAUCAAUGGUUUUAUCCACUGUCAUAAGCUCCCUCAAACUCUUCAAUUGGUCAAUCAUAUUGUUAAGCUAGGUUUCCAACCCAACAUUGUUACCUAUGGUGCUAGUUUCAAAGGCCUUUGUUGGAUUGAGGCAAAAGAUACACUAGCAGAGAUGUUGGAGCGUAACAUAACACCAAGCGUUAACACCUUCAACAUGCUUGUUGACAUGUUUUGCAAAGAUGGGAAUGUUGAUGAAGCACAAGCUAUUAUGAGUUUCAUGAUUGAGAAAGUUUUGGCUCCAAACAUCAUUACUUACGGUGCUUUGCUCGAUGGUUAUUGUCAGAUGGAGGAUGCAGAAAAGCUACUUGAUCUUAUGGUCCAAAAUGGUUGUGAGUUUGAUAUUUUAAGUUUUAGUGCUAUGAUUAAUGGAUAUUGCAAGGCUAGAAACAUUAACAAGACACUCUACUUAUUCCAAGAAAUACUUCAGAAAGGAAAUGUUCCUCAAUUAUGCAGUUUUUAUUUUUCAUGA